AUGGUGGAUCAACAUGCCACCCACGAGACAAAGAACCUUUACUACAGACUGAAGAACUUAGCUAGAAAUGAGUCCAAGAUACUAUUUGGAAUGCAAGAAGCUACAUUGCAAGGUUUAGAAGGAGGACAUUCACCUUAUAUUUUGAAUCGACGACAUGAUGGAGUUGAAGCCUGGAUAUAUGGGGUACGAUUGAUACAAUGCGAAUAUCUGAUCAAUACAACAUCCAAAAAUCUAAAUUCGGAUUAUAUGGCAGAUCAAAAAUAUCCAGACGAGCUCUGUGACGUCAAACGUCUGACUGGUUCAUUUCCCGCCAUUAUAGGCUUUGACCUUUACAACCUCAAACCGUCGGAGCUGAAGACGACGAAUUUUCUAGGUCGUCUGGCAUACGAACGAGGAGAAGUAAUUUCAUUGGUAAUGCAUCACAACAACCCCAUCACUGGAGGCUCGGCAUGGAUAGAUCGAGACCAUGGCGACUACCACAAGACCGUGAAACGACUCUUGCCAGGAGGUGACUCAAAUCAUAAAUGGAACGAGAUUUUAGACAAGAUUGCAGCAUGGGCUCAUGGAUUCAAAGAUUUACAUGGAAAACCUAUUCCAGUCAUCUUUCGCUUCUUGCAUGAAUUAAAUGGUGGUUGGUUUUAUUGGGGACUGAACAAUGCUGUUGGUAACACAGUCGACGAGCUAAUAUCGCUAUACCGAUACACAGUCGUGUACCUACGAGACCAUAAAGGCGUCCAUCAAUUCCUGUACGCCUUCAGCCCAGACAAGUUCAAGGAUAAAAAUGAUUAUCUCAAAACCUAUCCUGGUGAUUCUUAUGUGGACAUAUUGGGAACAGAUUAUUACUUUACAGAUCACUGGGCUACAAAAGACAAUUUGCAGAGAUCUCUUCGAGAAUUAGUGGAGCUGGCAGAAGCACGUGAUAAAAUUCCCGGACUGACUGAAACCGGAUAUUUCAACAACAAAAUCAAUGACGCGCCUAAUUUUUGGAACGAUCACGUGCUUGACGUCAUCAAGAGAGAGAAGACUACACGGCGUAUUGCAUUCAUCCACGCCUGGACCAACCAAUGCUGGCUAGAAUUGGGUCACCCAAAAUGCCUUAUCUGGGUACCAUACAAGGGUCAUAAAGGUGCUUCUAGUUUCGUUAACAAUUUCUACAAAGACCCUAUAACAGUAUUCCAGGAUCACGUUCCUAAUUUUUACCAUUAA